UGCAAUCGAUCUCACUGCAACGUUCACUCUCUAAGCUAUUAGUCGUCGCUAUCCACUGUGUUACAGGAAAAAGGGAACCGAAGAUGUUCGGAAACAUCGUCGGCGGCGUGGUGGGAGGUGUGGUGGGCGGUGUGGGCGAUGUCGUGGGCGGCAUCCUCGGGGGGUCGAAGGGAGUGCAGGUGAAGGGCACGGUGGUGCUGAUGCCGAAGAAUGUCCUCGACUUCAACGACUUGGCCGGCAACGUCAUCGACGGAUUGUUCGACAUCCUCGGUCAGAACGUCACCUUCCAGCUCGUGAGCGCCACCGUCGGCGACCCCAACAAUGGGAACCGGGGAGUCGUCGGGUCGCCGGCCUCCUUGCAGUACCUUGGCCGCCUGCCCUCCCUCGCCGCCGGCGAGAGUAGAUUCAGCGUGACGUUCCAGUGGGAGGAGAACAAGGGGAUCCCCGGAGCCGUCAUCGUCAAGAACAAGCACGCCACCCAGUUCUUCCUCAAGACGCUGACGCUGGACAACUUCCCCGGCAAGGGCCGGAUCCACUUCGUCUGCAACUCCUGGGUCUACCCUGCAAGCAAGUACAAAUAUGACCGUGUCUUCUUCGCCAACACCACGUACCUCCCAGGAGACACACCGGCACCGCUGAAACCAUACAGACAAGAUGAGCUGCUAAACUUGAGGGGGCAAGACGUCACCGGGGAGCUGAAAGAAUGGGACCGUGUAUACGACUAUGCGUACUACAACGAUCUCGGAAGUCCCGAUCAGGGCGCGAACCUCGUCCGGCCAAUCCUCGGAGGGUCGGCGGAGUACCCUUACCCUCGUCGUGGGAAGACCGGCCGCGCACCGACGAAGACCGAUCCCAAGACCGAGAGCAGACUGCCACUGCUGAACUUGAACAUCUAUGUGCCCCGAGAUGAGCGAUUCGGCCACCUUAAAAUGGGUGACUUCCUCACCUACGCAAUCAAAGCCAUCUCCACCGGGCUGCUCCCAACGCUGCAAGCCAUAUUCGAUAUAACCCCGAACGAGUUCGACUCGUUCGAGGAAGUACUGAGCCUCUAUGAGAACGGCCUUCCGGUGCCUCAGAUUCCUCUGCUGGAUGAGCUGAGACAGAGGAUCCCUUUCGAGAUGAUAAGAGAACUGCUACGCACUGAGAAGGGCCAGAACUUCCUCAAGCUCCCGAAGCCCCACGUGAUUCAAGUCGAUAAGAAUGCUUGGCGAACGGACGAAGAGUUUGGCCGCGAAAUGCUUGCCGGCGUGGACCCUCUCAUCGUCAGCCGCCUUGACAAUUUCCCUCCCAUCAGCCAGCUCGACUCUAACAAGUAUGGCAACCAACACAGCACGAUCACAGCAACCCACAUCGAGCACAACCUUGAAGGCCUGACUGUUGACGAGGCACUGAGGAGCUACAGGCUCUUCAUCUUGGACCAUCAUGAUGCUUUGAUGCCAUAUCUUGGUCGCAUAAACUCCGGUUCGAAUAAGAUAUACGCCACGAGGACUCUGCUAUUCCUGAAGGAGGAUUCUACUCUGAAGCCACUGGCCAUCGAACUCAGCUUACCACACCCUGAUGGAGAACAAUUUGGCGCCGUCAGCAAAGUGUACACACCGGCUGAAACCGGCGUCGAGGGUUCCAUCUGGCAGUUGGCGAAGGCCUACGUCGGUGUCAACGACUCCGGCGUCCACCAGCUCAUCAGCCACUGGCUCAAUACGCACGCGGUUCUGGAGCCGUUCGUGAUCGCCACGAAUCGACACCUGAGCGUCGUCCACCCGAUCAGCAAGCUUCUGACGCCGCACUAUCGCGACACGAUGAACAUCAACGCGUUGGCUCGCCAGACGCUCAUCAAUGCCGGCGGGAUCCUGGAGACGACCGUCUUCCCAGGGAAGUACGCCAUGGAGAUGUCUGCCGUCAUCUACAGAAACUGGAACUUCGUCGAGCAAGCUCUCCCUACCGAGCUGAUAAAGAGAGGAGUUGCGGUGCAGGAGGGCGACGGGCUUCGACUACUGAUCAAGGACUACCCCUACGCGGUGGAUGGGCUCGCAAUAUGGAACGCGAUCCAUACAUGGGUGACCGAAUACUGUUCGAUCUACUACCCGAGCGACGACGCCGUGAAGGCCGACACCGAGCUGUACCUGAACAGAUGGGCUAUGGAAUGA